UCAUCGAAUUGUCAAACAAAUUGGAUGACGCAGAAGUGAGAAAAAUUUUUCUGAGUUUGCAAAAAAAAAAAACAGAUCAGAGAAAUCAUGGAUUUUGGUGAUAAUUUCGAGCAACAGGAAAUUGAUCCGGCUGCAGAGUUCCUUGCCCGGGAACAGAGUGCCCUGGCUGGACUCGAGGAUGACCUCAAUCCACCAGCAGCAGUGCCACAAGUGAAGACAGAAGACAAUGGCACACUGGAGUCAUCCGAGAGCUUUGAAAUGAUCAAUAACAUUGAGUCUCACGAGCAGACUAACGUCAAUGAAGAUGAUUCUAACGAUUUCGAAAUUAGCUAUCGUUCAGCGAAGCCCCCAAUGGAGGAGCCGGAGAAAAUCAAGAAGUGGCGUGAGGAUCAGAAGACGCGCCUGGAGGAGAAGGAUCGCGAGGAAGAGAAGAAGAAGGAGGAACUGAAGGUGCAGGCAAAGAAGGAGCUGGAAGAUUGGUAUAAGCAGCACGAGGAAUCCAUCACCAAGACCAAAUCCUCCAACAGGAAUGCUGAAAAGAAUUUUGUGGCUGAACCGACGGAAAUUGAGCCGGGAACCGAAUGGGAACGCAUCGCAAAGUUGUGUGACUUUAAUCCCAAGGCAAGUAAAACCAGUCGGGAUGUCUCUCGCAUGAGAUCGAUCAUUCUGCAGCUGAAGCAGAAUCCCGUGGCAAUAAAACGUGUCUAAAAAGCAUUCCCAGCAUCGUGUAAUCUUCUUGAGAGAAACUCAAAUAAAACAUUUAGAAUUCCACAAAAAAAAA